CUCGAACGUGUGAACAUGUCAGCGGGUGUUUCCUGACGAGCCGGGGACAGAUCGGAGGAGUCCUCUGUCACUUCCGGCCUGUGACGGGUCCUGGGGGGUGUAGAAGAAGAAGACGAAGAAGAAGAAGAAGACCCCAUGUGGUGUGGGUCAGUCUGAGCACAGAACGUGUGACAGGCUGGUGAUGAUGGAGCACGGAGGCUUCAGGUCACAGGUUCGAGUCCGAGCCGCUGCUCUCUGCGCGCUGAUGACGCUGUGUUUGGGUUCUCUGCACGUAGACGCGCUCAAGUCCCAACUCUUCACCAGGCUGGGGGGGUUCGCCCCCCCCGCGGAGACCCCCAUCAACUACACCACCCUGUACUUCGACCAGAGGAUUGAUCACUUUGGAUUCCUGGAGGAUGGCACGUUCAAACAGAGAUACCUGGUGGCCGACACCCACUGGAAGCAGCCCGGAGGUCCUGUUUUAUUCUACACGGGCAACGAAGGAGACAUCACGUGGUUCUGCAACAAUACUGGCUUCAUGUGGGAAAUUGCGGAGGAGUUGGGCGCCAUGCUGGUUUUUGCAGAACAUCGUUACUAUGGAGAAUCUCUGCCAUUUGGACAAGAGUCUUAUAGUGACAGCAAACACCUGAACUACCUGACCUCAGAGCAGGCCUUGUCAGACUUUGCAGUCCUGAUUCAAAACCUGAAGAGCACUUUACCCGGAGCUCAACGCAGCCCAGUCAUCGCGGUGGGAGGCUCGUACGGAGGGAUGCUCUCUGCCUGGCUCAGGAUGAAGUACCCCAAUGUAGUUGUCGGAGCUCUGGCGGCCUCCGCUCCAAUAUGGCAGUUCCCUGGUCUGGUGCCAUGUGGCGACUUCCACAGAACAGUAACGCAGGACUUCGCCAGGAGUGGCUACAACUGUGAGGCCAACAUUAGAAAGUCGUGGAAGGCGAUCAAUAACGUCUCCUCCACUGCAUCUGGUCUCCAGUGGCUGUCAGAAGAAUUCAGUUUGUGCAGCCCUCUCAAAAACAAGAUGGACGCCGUGGCCUUCAAGAACUGGCUUCAGGAGACGUGGGUGAACCUGGCUAUGGUGGACUACCCGUACGAAGCCAACUUCCUGCAGCCGCUGCCUCGCUGGCCCAUCCAGGUGGUGUGCAAGUAUCUCAGUUUGGAUUCCACCGCGUCCGACCAGCAGCUCCUGCACGGCGUGUCUCAAGCAGCGAAGGUUUACUACAACUACACCGGCAGCUCCUCCUGUCUGAACACAUCGCAAACAGCGACCGGCAGCCUCGGGGAACUCGGCUGGUUUUACCAGGCCUGCACGGAGAUGGUGAUGCCCAUGUGCACAGAUGGCGUCCAGGACAUGUUUGAACCCGAGGAGUGGAACUUCCAGGCCUUCUCCGACGAGUGUCACGCCAUGUUCGGCGUCAGGCCGCGGGCUGAGUGGGCGGGCGUCGUCUACGGGGGGAAGGACAUCGCUGCUCACAGCAACAUCAUCUUCAGUAACGGAGGACUUGACCCGUGGUCGGCCGGCGGCGUCACCUACAACAUAACGGAUUCUCUGGUGUCUGUCAUGAUCCCGGACGGAGCUCAUCACCUGGACCUGCGCUACAGCAACGACCUGGACCCCCCCUCGGUCCGAGCAGCCCGGGCGCUGGAGCUGAAGUAUUUCCGGGAGUGGAUCCAGCAGGGUCAAACUGGGUCAUGGCCCUGAUCUCUCAGAGCGGCAAAAAUGUCACCUGACUUGUUUAAUCAGCGACGCGGUAUUUCACAGGGUUCUCUCUCCAAAGUUUGUCUUACUUUUUAAAUCAAUGCUGGAGAUUUUCUUUAAACGAUUAAAUUAACAGACAUUUAUCUAUGAUCAGUAUUGAUUUUAAUUUCAAUUACGAAAUUGAUGUUUUAUCCUAAUAACGUAGCCAUUUUCAGUGCUGGAGUCUUAUACUACAAUUUUUCUUUGACUCAGUUUUACCCACUUUAUUGAAAUACAGAAGAAAAUGUAGGAUUCCAAAUACAGCACAACCCCAGGAUAACAUCUCAGUACUCCUUUAUGCCAAAUGAUAUAUCUCCAAGCUAAAUUAUUAUUAGCAUGAGCCAAAAUGAAAAGUGUCUUAAUCACAAUGCUGUUCAGUUAAUAUCUUUAUUUAGUUUUUUACUAUGUGAUCAAAUAAUCAUCAAAAGACUCCGAUCGUCCUCAUUUCGUCAAGCUUUUAUUUUCUUUUAUCAGUGUUUCAAUCAGGACUUCCUGUUCCAUUACAUCUUCAUGUCAUUUUUCUCAUUUUAAUGUCAUUGCUUCAAAUUGACACUCCUUAAGUCUUCAUUGUUUGUCUUUUUAUUGUAAUGUUUUCUUUCUUUACACUUCAACAACACGUCUCAGGAGAAAAGCUGACACCAAAUACUUUGUAAAGAAAAUACAUUUGUUUUUUUUAAAGAUAUUAAACUUGAUUUGAUCAUA